CACAGUAGGUAAUGCUUGUGCUGCACUAACGAUCCUCUCCCUAAUGGAUGGUUAAGUGUUUCUAAUGAAGGCAAACAGCUGGAAUCACAACAGUCUUCUCUUAAUCGUAUGUUUAUUCGGUUUGGGGUUACACAUUAAUGGAAUUGGAAUAUCAAUACCUCACUCUAUUAUCAAUGCCACAGCGAAUGAGAAUGCCACUCUUUCAAUGGACUAUCAAUGCAAUGGAACACUUUCUAUCAAAUGGAAGCACCUAUCACCAUGGGGAAUGAAGGACAUCAUCGUCUGGAAACCAGGCACUUAUCAAAACAUUUCAAAGGGUUAUGAAAACCGGAUUCUGGUGUUCAGGAAUGGAUCCAUCCAGCUUUCAACUGUUCAAUUCUAUGAUGCUGGUUGUUAUGCUGUGACUGUAGCAGAUGCUGAAGGAUGCAGCAAGGAUGGUGUUAUUAUAUUGAAUAUAAAUGAACCAGUUCAUGAGGAUUUGCUUUUUGUGGCUCUCUUUGUUGCUGUACUUGUAACGUUAUCUACUGUUCUAAUGUUCUUCCUGUGGAUCUGCAAUCAAAGUGUGAAAGUCUGCAAAAUAAAGAGGAGAGCACGGAAUGCAAAUGGUUCUACAGAAAUGGAAGAAACAUCAUUAUAAAAUUAAUUCCAAUUUAUAUGUUGGAUUAAAACAGAAAUAAGUUCAAACUAAAGAAAAAUUCUCUCACUAAGAAACAUCUUAAGAUAUACAUAUUACAUAUUUACUGUGCACUUUCAUACAAAAUUGAGCUGAUCACCAUACAAUAAUAAGUUAAUAAUAAUAAUAAUAAUGUAAAUGGUUUCAGCUAUUGUGAUAUUUGUAUUAACAAUAGUUUUUAUAUAAGUGUACUGUGAAUACGGCAUUUGUUACUCACUGUUUUCAUUGUGUUCACAAGUAGAAUAUCAAACACAUGCUUUGAGCACAAAUUAAUUCAACUUCAAAUAAGUAGAUUCUAUUGAAUAUUUGUUGUCAACUGUGUAAAAGUAGAUCACAGGAUUCUUUAAAAUGCCAAUCUUUUAAUGAUUAGAUAAACAAAAUAAAUUUAAGAAAAACUACAAACUUUGCAUGCCU